AUGGUGCACACGUUAUUUUCACCUGGGUAUAUAAAUUUCAACAUUUUGAUUGUUUUUGAUGAAGAAAAGAAGAAAGUGAAAUAUGUGAACAAAUAUCAAGUUGUUUCUAUAAGUAAUGUUGAUCAUAAAGAGGUUAAGAACCAACCCAUUGAAGAUAUUGAAGAUAUUGAAUCCCCCAAAGAAGAAGAAACCAAAGUGAUUCCCAAAGAAGAAAUAACUGAAGAAACUGUAAAAGUAGAGAAACCCGAGGUGAAAGAUGAAGUAAAAGUCUACGAAUCCAAAUCUUCAAACAAAACAUGGCGUCAUUCGAGUGAUUUAGACUGUAUAUCCCUCGGACAAGAUAUCCUGUUCCUUUCUAACAUAGAAGAAGACACAAAACCAGAUUGGACCCAAUUAGCUGAAGAUUUCUCAUCAUCAAAGAAGAAAGUAACUGUGAAGGAUACAAUGAAAGACCUCCAACAAUCAACAACUAAUGCCAUGCAUAAAAUAGAAGAAGGUAUUCUUGACCUGGGCAUAGGUAUCCGAAAGGGUCUCAGAUUAACAGGUCUACAGGAUAGUACAAUUGAAGCACGCCCGAAGUCACAAUCCAAAGACAUUCCUCAGAGUACCAAUAGAAGAGACACCAGACUAACUAAACUGAGUCAUGUGAAUUCAGACAUUGAAGAAUCCUUUGAAAAUAUCUACAUGAAUCCAUUACAUGAGAUCAAAAUCAGGGAGGUUAAAGAAAAAGAAGUUGUCAUUACUCCAGGUUACGAAGGGGAUAUUCUACUGGAAAGGUCUCCGAUGAUUGAGAAACUUCCUUCGAAUGAUAUCCCUACAAUGGAGUUUGUGCAUGUGGAAGACUCCCCGGAACCAGAGUAUGAAGAUAAUCCUGACUUGGCUACUACCACAGCCAAGUUGAGGUCGUUGUUAGCUCAGAAGACUGAAGCUAAUACACCGGCUGCUUCACCAAUGUCUUUGAUUCCUACUCCUCAGGAUGCUUCAGGGAGUUCUGUGGAUGAACUAAGUGAAGUUGACGGUGCCCUGCCAUCAAUGUACAAAGCCUGGGCGAAGAAUGUGUUUCAGAAUACUCUGAACACCAUCAAAACAGCUCUCCCUGGUAACGCCAGUGAAGAAACCUGUGUGAGUCAAGUGGUAACUCUAGCAGGUUUGAAUCUGGUGCAGUAUAAUGAUGAGAACUGGCACUUUGAAGAAACAUCCCCAGAUGAAUCUGAGUUUUCUUCAGUUUUGAGCAGAUUCCUCUCAGAAAGACAACAAUUCUGUGUGGUGGAGAAUGCUUUUGAAGCAGUUGAGACUAUUGAUCUGAAUGAUCAAAUGGAAGACAGUUUUAUACUCCAUGAAGAAGGGAAAUAUGAAGAAGAAUUGGAUGAUUUUGAUACGACUAUACCGAUUACCAAAGCACUGGUUGAUUUAGUUUGUGAAUUGAUUGAAGAAACUUAUCCGCCAUUAGUUAAAGAGAAUAUUAUCAAGACAUUCCUGUUGACCUACGGGGCUGUUAUUGAAGAGAAACUUCAGGAAAGUAUUGCAUACAGUAUUGGACACCUGCCAAAGAUGGAAAGCAGACAUGUUGCUAUGUCAAUGAAGAUUGAAGAUCUAGUUGAACCGAUUGCUGCUUCACUGAGGGAUAUUUUCGGACAGUGGUUGUCUGAUGACUCAAUACGAAGUGUUUUGAAAUUGUUGAUGGAAUCAAUACAAAGUCACAAGAUUAAUGUUGAUACUAGCCUACAGGUGUUGGAAUUAUUUAUAUCCGAAGUGAUUUCCGCUUGUAAUCAGACAUCACCAUCAUAUUCAGUGUAA